AUGUUGGGCAGGCUGCUGAGCACUGUCCUGGGCAUCCUUGUGGUGCUGCCUGUCGGGUGGGCUCUGGAGGACCUCGACCAGCAGAAGAUUGAGGGAUUCUGGCGGGAAGUCGGUGUGGCCUCGGACCAGAACCUGGCGCUGAAGACCCCGAAGAGGAUAGAGGGGGUGUUCCUCACCAUGAGUGGGAGCAACCUGACCGUGAAGGUUGUGUUUAACAACUCAGGGAGCUGUGCAGAAACAACAGUGGGCUCAGCGGGGGGCACUGCAGGCAGAUUUGCUUUUCCUGGCCACAGGGAGAUGCACGUGCUGGAUACGGACUACAAGCGCUACGCCAUCCUGCGAGUGUCCCUGCUGUGGCGGGGCAAGGACGUCCAUGUGCUCAAGUACUUCACUCGGAGUCUGAAGGAUGAGGAUGAGCCAGGCUUCUGGAAGUUCCGGGAGAUGACAGCGGACAAGGGCCUUUACCUGGUGGCCCGGCAUGGGAGGUGUGCGGAGCUCUUGAAGGAGGGUCCGGCCUGUCACCGGGGGCUGGGGUCAUGAGUGCUACCCCUUUGCUGCAUGGACCGGGCAGGAGUCCUGCGCCUCGGAGCCAGUGCUCCACCCUGGCUGAAGGUGGCCGUCCCUGCUCCUGUGGUGAGGAGUGAGAUCCCAGGAGAGGGCAGGCACCAGCCCUGCCUCCAGCUGCCCGAGAGGCUUCCUCAGAGCACCGGGCAGGACACGCGGGCUCAGUUCUGGCGUCUGGCCCACUCCUCACAACUCCGACACAAAGAGCUAAGCAGCCAUGCGUGGGGCCCCGGAGCCCUGGCGCCUGGGCUGCCUGUGAGGUUGGCCAGUGUGUGCCCAGUAGCCCCCAGGUACUCUGUGUCCACGUCCUGGGCCUGGGGGGUCUUACUUGGGUCACAUUCCCCCGGCUCAGCGAGUGGGGGUUU